AUGAAUAUACCGUUGGUUGUGUCAAUAUUGUACAUUAUAGUUAAUUUAACUGGUGAUGUGGAAUGUUUUCUUGAAAAGAAAGCACAGGACAGUAAUAUACACAUUACAAAUGGAAAUGCUUUUGCACAUCGAUCAAAAAGGGAACUUCUAGGUAAUUCUAUAAUGAGCAGAUCCGCAAGUGUACAAAGCCGCGACCCGACGAUUAUUGUGACACCAAAUGGAGGUGUACCAAGUGCAUAUAGAGGACUACCUUAUUCAAAUGUUCCGUACUCGAAUACAGUAAACCGAGGACCAACUGUUGUUAUACUUCCAGAAGACAGCGGUAUAUCACGCGGUCCCUACUACGGAAUACCUACAACCAACGUCAGAAUCUGA